UAAUACAACAAGAUAUAGAUGAAAUUAAAACUGAAGGAAGCUCUUACCUCAGAAUGAAGGCUUUACAUGAGAAAUGGUUAGAAGUUUAUCCACAUGCAUCAUGGAGAGAAGUCAUUACUGCUUUGAGGGAAUGUGAAAAGGACUUAUAUAAAACUAUUAAACUAUAUGUAAUAGAUCCAAAUUCUAUUAGAGCAGUGCAUAUGAUUACUAAUCCUGGUCCUAUAAUAACAGGUAAUCCAAAGGAUAUAUUAAGGACUCAUUCCAGUCAAAUUGUUGAAAGUAUUUCUAUUGACAGAAUUAGAAAUAUAACACGUUCACUGUAUGCUAAAGGACUAAUACCAAAUGAUACUAAGCAGGAAAUGCUUAAAGAUGAUGUUAAAGCUACCAGCCUUACAAAUGCCAUUGAACAAAAGCUAAAAUUCUCUCCCAAUCCAGGGCAAUACUUUAUCGAUGUAUGUCAUGAAUUAGAAAAGGAACCUACACUAAAAGAUAUUACUAAAUCUAUGAUAAGCGAGUUAGUAAAAGAUGACUCAAAUGACAGAGUUGGGUAUAUAUCUUGUGUAAUAGCUAGAGAGGAUCUCAAGCCUGGUGAUCAUAUACAUGUAUAUACAUCAGCAAUUUACACUCAUCAUGGUAUUUACAUUGGUGAGCCUAAUUGUGAUAUGAUUCAUUUCAGUGGAGAAAGUAAAUUGAAGGAAAUAAGGAAAGCUACUAUAGAUGAAUUUUGUGAAGGAAAAACACUAAGACUCUAUUUGGUUUCAUACAAUUGCAGUAAAGCAACAAAGUUCUCUUCCUUUUUUCGGAGUACCUCCUGUCACAUAGAGAAGGCAAUGCCUCCAUCAGAAACUGUUAAGUUGGCUCUGCAUUUUCUUAAUUAUCCAAAAGAGUGGGGUGAAUAUCAUAUCAAGAAUAACAACAGUGAAGUAUUUGCCUGCUUCUGUAAAACAGGUCGCAUGGAUAUUGCAGCACAACUUCAUCCACUGAGAUGGAUACCAAUUUUUGAAAAUUUAACAUGUGAAACAUAUAAAGAAGCAUUGGAAAAUUAUCGCAAAAUGAAACGCCAAUCAUUAUACCAAUAAUUAGUUUGAAUUAAUUUAACUAGUGAUUUUAAAUAAUUUAGCUUGUGUGAUUAACAUCUAGUUUUUAGCAUUGUUUUGUGUUUUUGCUGCUACAUAAUUUAUCAGUGUAUGCUUGAGUUGAUUUUUAGAAAAUUUAGUUUUUGCUGACUAUAAUAUUGUAGCUCCAAAAUGUCCAUGGUCAUAAUUUUCAUGAAAAUGAUUUAUUAUUAAUUUGCUUUA